CACCCCUUGUGCUGCUCCUCUCUGCGCACCCCACUUCACUUUUGUUCUCUCGAGGAGUACGACCGAGCGGCCGCCGCUCUUCACCGGGACGCGCACUCAGUGAUGGACGAUCUGUCCGACGGCCUGCCUGACGAGCUCAAGAUGGACCACUCGGACGAUGCCAUGCCCAGCUACACGCGACCCAUGAUGCAAGCCCAACGACACAACUCGGAGGAGGCCGACAAGCCGGUCAACGGCUCCGGAGUUCACUUCUCGACGCACUUCCCGCGCUCCAGAGAGGAGCGGCGGAUGAUCGACAUCACCAGGGACAAACCGAUCAAAGUGACCGUGCGAGUCGUCGUCCCCGUCAGGGACCACCCCAAGUUCAAUUUCGUGGGAAAAUUGCUCGGACCAAAAGGGAAUUCAUUAAAACGCCUGCAGGAGGAAACGAUGACGAAGAUGGCGAUACUCGGAAGGGGCUCCAUGCGAGACAAGCAAAAAGAGGAAGAGCUGCGAGCGUCAAACGACCCCAAAUUUUCGCACCUCAACGAUGAUCUGCACGUCGAAGUGACGGCGUUCGCUCCACCGGCAGAGGCGCACGCCAGAAUCGCCUACGCGCUCGCCGAGAUCCGCAGGUUUCUAGUUCCGGACUACAAUGACGAAAUUCGACAGGAGCAGAUGUGGGAAAUGCAGGUGCUAAAAAACCGGCAGCGCCACUCGGGGGCCGAGUGUGAGGGCCCCGAGUGUGCGAGCAGCAGCGCCUCCUCGGGCAGCCCCUCGCCGCCGCCCCCGCAGCUCUCCGGGUCGCCGCCGUCGGGAAAGGGCAGCCCCCAGCAGCACCCCGCUUCCAGGGGCGUGCUCGUCCGCUCGCAGCAACCUCCCCUGAUGGCCGGUUUGCCUCCAUCAAUGCCCUCGACGGCCACCGCCAUGGUCACAGCAGCCAAUUCCGGAGGCAGUCAGCCGUUGAUCGGCCGCAAGAGGCCGCUGCUCUCCGGCGGGACCAGAAUCACCAUGUCACCGACCAAGCGCACCGUUCUCUCCAUCCUGACCAGAGCCAGGGCGGCCCAGUCCAAAGGGGCCGUGUCGCCCAUCAACGACUACGACCUUUCCUGCUCUAAUGGACAAAGCUGUCGAGUGGGUGUGCUGGACGAGAACUCGCUGUCUUUGACCGGAAGCGACGGUGGUGCCAGCGUGGUGUAGACACACAUACAAAAGUACGUGAGAAGGCAGCCCACACCACAAUCAGAAACGUCCAGCAGCAACAAACACGCACGCAACACAUGGGUGUUUUUUUAAUUUAUUCACUUCGAGAACGAAUCAAGGGACAAGCUCAAAAUUUUACAAGAAAAUUUACUAACACCAGUUUUGAUUGGCACAACUUAAAAAAAAAUACGCGUCGUAUUUCAAGAUAAAGAAGAAUUAUUAAAAAAUUGUAUAACGCUCUUUUCUCAUUGAUUGUGUAUAAGGCAUCGACGAUAAGACGUUGCUCUUCAUAGAUGUGUAUAAAAAUAUCAAAAAACGAGAGAUUUUAAUGUUCACAAAUUUAUGAAAAAAUAUUUAAAAUGUUAAAUCGUAAAAAACGAGCCGUUCGGACCGAUCGGGGACCUCUUGAAAAUAAUGCGGUGUGUCAAGGCGUGAUAUUUAAGGCCGCGGUUUUAGUACAAAGUUAGAACGCUCGCUAAUUUGUUGACGAAAAGCAUGCGGGAGGUGUUUGUGUUUUGAAACACGUAGGCAACCCUGUGGGUCCCCGAUUCGCCGAUGCGCCGCUUUAUUUGUUACUUUGAAAACUAAAUAGGGGAUGUGUCUGCAUGUCUCUGUAGCGGAGAGAGCCGUAAACUAAUCCACUAAAAUAGACGCCCUCUCGGGCUUUGUUUCUUCUCUUGUUAGAGGGAGAGAGAAAGACGCCGCUUUCCGAUUAAUUUGCGAGUGCAAUUUCCUGAUUGCGCCAUCUGACGAGAAAACGCGCAAAACAUUCACACAGACACUUUGGCACGCGACUUGGGCUUCUUGUUAGUGUCGCCUUUCUGAAAUAUUGAAUCAUUGGAUAAUCAGGAACGUGGGGAGAAGAUUACUGAAAGCGGAUUUAGACCCUUUGGGACGGGGAUUUUUCGCCGGCGUUCCACCGCCUGCCAAAUUUAUAUGUACAUGUAUAAAAGAGGACACGUGUGCAUGCAUGAGGAAAACAUUCACGACGUCUAUAUUCAUAUGGGCAGCUCGCAUCGCCAGAUCAGCUCGAUAGUUUUCUACUUAGGUGUCUACUCAAGUGCGUAGGGAAAAGUGCACCAAGAGCGAAAGAGAAUCGCCACUUUUCUCGCGUCGCCGGACCACAAUUGACUCUACAAAAAAGUCCGCAGAACCCCCAAAAAAGAUAGAAUGUUUUUUUACCGUUGGCAGAAAUAAGUUUUUUUUUAUUAAAUCCAAUCUUCUGCAAAUAAGUUUGUUAAUUUGUUCUUCUAUUUUUCUUUUACAUGCUACUGUUACAAACUUAAAUUAUUUUUAGUGUGCUUCUCUUAUCACAUUGUUCAACUAAACGAAUAGUAGGGACCAAAAUAAAAUUUCCCUGGUUAGAUUUUGACCCUGGAAAUGAAAUUUUUGAAUAUUUCCUACAGAUUUUAAAUAUUCUGGAAUUUAUUUUAGGCAAUAGAAUCAAGUCUUAAUUGUUUUUUAAAUAUAAUUUUUGUUAUGUAAGGCUGCAAUUUUGUUACUUUUCUUCUUUAGUAUUUUUCUUUGGCUUCUCCGCCUUAUAUUUUUCUGUUUUUUUUUCUGCUGAUGGCAGCACAAACAAUAAAAACGAGGGUUUUGUGAGACCUUUAAUAUUUUAGUGCCGGCCCGACGCACGAGCUUAAACCGCGCGCAAAUGAAUGCUCACUCUCUCUUUAUAAUUAAAUAAUUCGGCGGUGCGUGUGACGUGAUAAACAAUUAUUCGGUUUAAUUUAGAGCGUUCCCUCUUUUGGAGAAGGACGCCCCUUUCUUGUUUCGCAACGCUUCAUUUGAAUGUAUACCCAAGGCACCGCGCAUUUUUCUUUCUCCUUCCUCAAAACACGGUGCGUCGCGUCAUCAGCCGAGAGUGAGGGUUGUGCGUCUUUGUUCUCCAGAAGAAAACGCGAGUAUAGCGAGUGAGUGUACACAAGAAAGGCAAGUUAAUGAGCAAGAAUUGUUGUGACAUCGCUACGGCGCGCGAGCACGCCUGAUGAUGAAUUAGCGGUGCGUGCUGGAAAUAAAUCACCCACUCACUUCCCUCGGCAAGUCCAUUUUCUUUUAAUCUCGACGAGUGCGAUCGGCAAAAAUCUUUUCCCCAGGCGCCACGUGCGGGAAUAAGCAUUAAAACUCGCGCCUGCCAACCAAAAUUGCGCUGUCAAUAAAAAACUUUUCCAUUCCCCCUCCCUUUUUUUGCACUCCACCCUGAGGUGAGAGAGCUCAUUAAAAGGAAAUAAAUAAGUUUUCCUUCGACCGUGGCUUUCUGAAUAAGGGUGGAUAUUUUAAUAAAGGGAAUAAAAGAUGGAGGUGACGCCCGAGUGCCGAUUAAAAUCGUGGAAAGUUUCGAAAGGGUGCCAAUUGUUUCCGAUUCUGAGAAUUUCCCUUUCAUCUAUUCACUGUGAAUAACCGAUAACUUUCAAUUCAAGUGGAAAAAAGUGCUUUUGAGAAUACGCUCUGGUGAUAACAAUUUUUUGCAAAAAAUAAUGAUUUUAUCAGGCAAAUUUAUUAAAACAAUGUGAAUUAAAUUCAUCUGUUUUGAUACGGAAUGUUUUGGAUACAGUCGCAGGUAAUACAAGUAAUACAAGGUUAGACAAUUUUAUGCAACCUGCAAAUGACGUACUACUUUUAAAUUUCAGUGAAAAACUAAACAUAAAAUAAUAUCUAAAACUUAAAAUUCAGGCAAAUAUUUAAUGAAUUUAAAAAAAAAGAUUGAUUGAAAUUUUUAAUAAAAAAUUUCUCAAAUUCCUAAUGAGAAAUUGCUAUUAAAAUAGUAAACAGUUGAAAGCCAGUUUAAUUUCCUUGCUCAGAGCGAAAUUCUACACUCUCAGUGUGUAGCUUCAUGACUCUUCGAUUAACAACAAACAAUAAAGCUUGGUGCCGACGAUGAGCACACCCUUGACCAACUACUUUUCCACGCUGCAAUAUUAUUAACAAUUACAAUUCUCGUUAUGCGGCGUGCAACUGAACGCUGUUGGCUGCCGCUGCUGUUGAGAGGUAAUUUAUUUUUAAUUUGUCCAUUUUGCCGUUGUCCGGCGCAACAAAAGCAGCAGCAUAUUGUGUGCCGGUGGCUGUGUGGCGCCUGCACAACAGAAUUGCAUUCAAUUACCGUCUCUGCUCUAAUUGUGAGGCGCAAUUCAAUUUUGAUGGAUUCAUGGUAGCUAGAGGUCGAUUCUGGCAGCGCGGUCGCACUCGAUCGUCCCUAUUUUAGCGACAAAAAUUAUGAGCUAAUUGAAAUAUUUGUUUUUGGUGAAUUGGAAUUUUUUUUAAAAAAUUGAUUUUUGCCAAGCAAAAUUUAAAGUUUAUUUUCGUUUCAGUACAAUUUCGUGUCUUCUUGGUUUUCAUUUGAAGACACUUUCAUUUUAAAACUCCAAUGAAAAUAAUAAUUUUUCAGUACCCAUUCUGAAAUAAUUUUGUUACAAUUAAGUCCCAGGAAGUCUAUAAAAAAAACUGUAAUUUGAGCAAGCUGUUCAUUUAUUAUUUGAUUUUUACGUUUUUUUUUUUAAGUUGAUUGUCAGAAUACUUUGAAUUUUUCGAGAAACCAAAUUUUUAUUUCAUUUCACGCCAUUGUUUAAUUCAAUUUAAAUAAAUUAAAAGUUUUUAUGAAUUUGUUAUAUGAUUUUGAUCAAUUUAAUUGAAUACAGUGUAAACACUGCCAGACAUUUUAGUCCAAUUUGCCACUCCGCUUACGUUUUAUUGGUGCGAAUUUUAACAAACACAAACGAGCAAGAGCCAUCACUGUUUAUCUCUGAUGUGCUCCAUGGUUAACGCGCUAAAUUGGAAUGCCGGUGGAUGGACGUACUGCGCCCACAAACCAUUAUUAUUCUCCCGCCGCUCACAUUUUUGGUCAUAAUAUUAUCGCCUACGUGCAGCCGCUUCUGAUUCUGUCCGUCUUUCUCUGACCGCCAUGUUUUUGCCUUUCACAUAUCGUUCCGCAAAAAAGUAGCGCAGCGUUUGAAUGAGAAGAAAUUUAUGUUCACUCCAUAGUGAAUGAGGAGUGAAUGUGUGAAUUGAAAGAAGAAAAAAAAACUCUUUCCAACGAGAGCGACACUUUGAUUAAGUACGUGUGUAAGUGUCAAAACUCUACUGUUUGUAUAAAAAAGACGAAGUUUCGAACGCACUUUCUCUUCUCUCGACAUACAUAUAUUCUGUACAUUUACGUUUAGGUGACGGAAAUUCACUCGCUCACGAGACGAGGAAUGAAAACGGGCGAAUAUUCACGAUGUCGCAUGAGUCAAAGGCAGCCAAAAACACAUUACAUACACACAUAAUCAAAAGUAACACACAAAAAACGAAGAAAAGCGCACGAAGAGAUAAAAUCGAACAGUUAAACCGCGUAAAUAAGCAGAGUUGAAAUUUAAAACGAGCAAACCCAACGAGAGAGACUGACACAAUUAAUAUACCGCGAGGAUCUUAAAGCAAGCUGUAAAAUCGACGAUUAAAAAAAACUAUAGACAAACCGAGAUAUACAACAAACAGGAAGGGAUGUAUAAAGAAAAACAAUGCUUAUUUGCUCUGCUUUUGGCUCAUUUGGUUGUGCUCACUGUGAUUUUGUACUUUUAGAUGCUAACGAGGGUAAUAAAUGAGUGGUGCGUGUCCAAAACUACUUCAAGCUAGGACAUAAUUAAUUAAGUCAUUAAAUACACGUUACAACGGGGAACACGUUUGCGGCUUUUCCUAUACAUAUACAAAAAAAGAAGAAGAAUCACAACACAAAAAUUGGAAAAUUGGAUUUAGCCGCAAACGACCCCACUUAAAUUUAAAAUUAAAAUAUACAAAAUAAGAUUCAUUGUUAUACUUUAAUGUUUAUAACUGUUUGAUGUUACGUGAAAAUAUAAACAAAUCGCGAUUGUGUAAAACGACAUAAAGAAAAAAAAUAUUCGCUGUUGUACUAACUCACACUUUCACAUACACUCACAAAUACACACAAAAGAACCAUUUAAACAGAGAAAUAAGGUGGACCAUGACGUGUUGUACGAAGUUUGAAAUUUAUUAUUAUAUUUCAUGAAGGAUAAUAAAUUACCAAUAAAUAAUACACUAUCACAUGCAUUGAUUUUUGCUCCAAUAAAUAAAAGUACUAAUCUAAAG